GUGUGUGUGGGGACGUCGUAUGUUUACUGUGAGCAGCAGCUGUGGUGGUGAGGUACUGCGUCUGUACAGUGAUUCACCAACGAUGACCCACAGACAUCGACCUCGCUAACCCAACUGGAACCUGAGAAAGAGAGAGACCUGAGCCAUGGAGAAACUGAUACAGAUACGGACUAAAGAUAUUGAAGACCUUCUGAAAUAUUUCGGGAAGAAUACGUACAGGGCGAGAGAAAGUUGUGCCACGACUGAUGUGAUACUAACUAAAUGUCUGGAACUGUGGAAGCUGGACUACAAGUGUAUGGUUGUUCCUAAUGGAGGAGGGGAGUUAUGCAACAGUUAUCCCAACAACUUAAUCAUCCCAGAGUGCGAGGUGGCACCAGAGGGGUUAGAACCCCCCGAGCUGUGUCCCCUCACCCUCACCUCGCCCUCACCUCUCAGCCUUGGUUCCCCAUCUAUCAUUCCGGGAGGCAGUGCUCCCUCGUUCUCAUCUGUGGUAUCUGGUGGUGCACGCGCCUCGCUCUCCAUUAAUGGUCAUCCUGCCUCGGCGUCGCCCUCUGUUAGAAAAGCUUCUUUACCGGCAGAUGGGAGCAAGAGUGUGGUGGAUGGAACGACGGAAGCACAGAGUGACGGCAUCAAGCUCAGGGAGUUCAUUCUUAAGGCCAAAUUUGCUCGUUGUCGAGCUAGAUUUCCCGUCCCUACCAUUUUGUAUAAAGGAAAUUAUAUCUGCAGGUCUGCCACGUUGUCAGGAGGUCCGGAGAUGUAUGGGCGCUCUGGUAUAGAAUAUCUCUUUGCUACGGCUGCUUCAAAUAAAGCUGAUGAAGAUGAUGAUGAAGAUGAGGUGACACAGACAAACAGUGAUUGGCAACUGUUUGACCGUGUGAGAUCCCAGGACAUCAGACUGUUAAGGGCGUGUAAUGUAGGUGUGAUAGUAGACCUCAUGGUGGAGAAAAAGAAAGUCAAGUUUGGUAUGUAUGUAACCUCUUCAGAAAAGGUUGACAAAGAGAACAGGUACAGUGACUUCAGCAUCCUAUCAUUACCUUAUCCUGGCUGUGAGUUCUUCAAGGAUUUCCGAGACCUGGGUUAUACUGGAGAAGGGCUGUACUUCAACUGGAGUCAGCCAUUUGUUGAUGCCCAGUUGGUUAUUCCUGAGAGAACCAUGUCUGCCAAGGUGACCUCCGAUUGGAAUAGUUAUCGGAAAUGGGACCUGUUGAGACUGAGCCAGAACUACCUGAAGUUGUUAUUAACGUACUCACACGAAGGAUCACAAGGUAUACUUGUCCACUGUAUAUCUGGCUGGGACCGCACCCCACUCUUUAUAUCCCUGCUAAGACUCUCACUCUGGGCAGAUGGAUUGAUACACUCCUCUCUAGACCAUGCUCAGAUCCUGUAUCUCACUAUUGCCUACGACUGGAUGGUGUUUGGUCAUGAUCUUCAGGACCGCUUGAGCAAAGGAGAAGAAAUAUUCUUCUUCUGUUUUUAUUUCCUCAAAUAUAUCACCUCAGAUGACUUCAGUGUAGGGAGAAAACGACACUUGUCAAAUGACAGCUCAAGUUCUGAAAGACUGGACUGCUGUGUGCUGCUUGAUGCUGAUGGCUUGAGCUCAGCAGGAUCAUCCAACUCCCUUAACUCGUCUUGCUCUUCAAAUCGGUCAUCUCACCAUGCUCCUCCUGUGUAUUUUAAGGCAGGGAAGAGUGGGGAAAGCUCUGACAGUUACAAUGCACAUUUGACGUGGCCCUAUGGGAGCUUUACGGGGGAACUUGACUUUGAUGAUAUGUCUCCGAACCUUAGUCGGACAUCAUCCACUUCAACACCAAAUAGGGGGUCUUUUGGUAGGCCUUGUUAUAGGGAUGCAGAUAUGUCAGGGGCCACGAGUGAUGGAAAGUUAUCAGUGCGGCAUGGAACCGUAGCGGGAAAUCUCUCGCGAACAUCUAGCGGAUCGCUUAAAAAUGGUAGCUCACAUGCUUCACUUCUUGAUGCAAGUAAACCUGUCAUAUGUUCACAUAGAUCAAGGAAUGGCCACAGUGAUUCUAGUGGUGAAAGUGUUGCAGGAUCAGAUCAUGGAUCAUGGGGUAAUGGGUGUCAGGAGCCUCCUCAUGCUUCUACCAGUCCCAUGGCUGUUCCCGUUCCUCGUGGGCGGCCAGCACCGAGGACAAGACAAGAGUCGGUCAGUUCUGUGGGGAGUUGGCAGCUCAUCUCUGGAACAGGCAGCCUCCGUGGAUCAACAGGGUCGGGUGGUAACCCGGGCUCGGCAAAUUCUCGCAGCUCUCGUACCUCUGUACCAUCAUCAGACCUGGUGGACUCUGCAACAACCAUAAAGGAAGAGGAGGGGAGCUUAGAGUCAGAGCAGAGCAUUAUAGUCUUUAACAGAGCUGAGAGGCUUGCUAAGGUGCGGUCUCUUUUCUACAACAUCUACGUCACCACAAUAGGGUUCAACUUCUCUAAUGGACGUAAUGAAUCUGGUUUAGGUACCCUAGUCUCUAACUUUGCUCAAAAGGUUGGCAUCAAACCAAUGUCUUGUCGAAACACACAGUAGUGUAGUGGUAUAGUGUAGUUGUAUCAGAUUAGAAAUUGUUGGACUAAUUCCAGUAGACCUGAUGGUAAUUUAACAUAUUUGCCAAAAUUGCAUGAAAAUUAUGUAGUUGACAACCUGUCAAUGGUGAAAACUCUGCUGUUUAUCAUGGAGCCUCUGUUUUUUUUAAAUAUAGUAUGAUAAAUAUUAGUCUACAAGUUUACAUGGGUAUUUUAUCAUCUGCAGUCUUUUUAUAUUACAGAUUUAUCAAGUGCAAGUGCUUUUGUACCUAUUAUAGCAUUUAUAAUUAUGAAAGUGAAAUUAAAAAAAAAAUGCUCAACUAGGUGGGACUUACAGGGCUUAUUGAUCAUUUUACAACAAAGAGCAAUUCUAGAAGAAAAAUUUUUGUGUAUGUAUUUUUUGACAUAAGAGAUACUUAUUGUCCCAUGGGUAUCAGUUUUUAAUAGUGGGUCAGCACUCUUUGCUUACAAAACCAGAUGGUUCAUGGGUGUUCAUUAAUUUUGAUGAAAUAUUGAAUUAAAUUAUGUUGCUGUUGUAUAGAGAUGUUAAAGCAAUAUUUUCACAAAUAUUGUGUUCCAUAGCUACCGUAUUUCACGUGUGUAAAUGUGAUCAGUAAUAUUACAUGGAUUAACAUUUGUUUUAGAAUGGUUAUCCUUACAUGACAAUAUAUUUUUUGUCUUUAUAUUGUUGUAUAUAUGUUAACAGAUACACAUUUUUAUUUAGAGUCAAGAUCUCUUGUCUAAGAAUAUAAUGUUGAUGUUUAACUCAUUAAUAUCUUAAGAUUUAAAUAUUUAUGAAAACUGUAUUUGGACUGAGUAUUCAUUGAUGCAAGAUUUUCGAUUGUUGUAUUUUUGUUACUUAACUUUUCUGCCAAAUGUGAUUGUAAAUAUUUGGCUCUCAAUCAGUCUGAUCAGGGGGACUUCCUAAUAGGACGUUGUCCAAGUCAUUCAUGAACAGCCUCCAUGCAUAAAUAGCUGUAAAUAUUUCUUCCACAUAUGGCACAAGUUUGAGGUACCCAGAGUAUCAUGAUCAUAUCAAACAUUUGGCAAGUUAUCAAUGUUUGGCUUGCAGCCAUUUUAUGAUUAACCCUUUAGAGGGCAGGGGGUUUCUCUCAGCUGAAUAAAAUCAUCUGGCAUUAACCAGAAUAAAAUACCGAAGUGUGGAGCUGCCUUCCAAAGGGUCAUACUUAGAAGGCGAGAAUACUCUCCAAAAUGGAGGAUAAAGAACUUUUUGCCGCACUAUCAUUUUUAACCCAUUUCAAAAUUUUAAUUAUUUACAAAUGUUUGUACAUACAGUAUAGACAAAACCUGUUACAAAUAUGGAAGAAAUUGGUGUAGCUUCUAUUGCACGGUGAUUGGGGACACUCGCACAUUACUUGUUCUGGGAGGAAGUUGGGAGAAUUCUCUAUCACUUUAUACUUGCAAAGAUGUACAGUAUGUUAAUAUAGUUUUUACAUCUCUGUUUGCAGGAUCCAUUUGUCUAUAAAACCUAAUAUUUAACUAGCAACCUUAAUUAGUGAGAAAUUAUUUAUUUAUAUUGUUUUGCUAAUAAUUUUGGGCUGUUUAUAUACAUUACAAUUUAAUUAAUCAACCAAAGACAUCUUUACAAAAGUUUAAUUAUUUAAUUUUUCAUUUUAAAAAUCCUAAAAUGUUCCCAUUAGUAUACUUGUACUGCUCCUUCCUUCAGUUGUGGAGCUCGAGAGUUGAAAAGAUUUGGUUGACUAUAUCUGAAUUAAGAAUUCACUUGUUCCAUUUGUCAAAAAUUUUAAUAAGAUUAUAUUGACAGGGUAGUGUAUUUUAAUAUUUCCAUGAGUAACAACUUGGACAAGUGGUUGCUUGUCCAGGGUGAAUAUACUGUUGUUAAGGGUCUGCUCUGUUGUACAAUUCUCUAACAUAUGUUUCAAAUGUUGCUUUAAAGUUUUUUUUUCACUUAAAGGUGUGGAGUUGGUGAAUGUCUUGAAAUAUCUAAGGAAAAUUCUACGUCUGGCCACCUCUUUAGUCCUGGGGGCCACAAGUUGUUUUUUUUUUAAAUCAAUUUUCACCCAACCAAGAGCAAGGAUCCAGGAAAAUGAAGUGAUGGCCACUGCCAUAGACUCUGUAUUUGCCUUAAUACAGUUUUCCAUUGUUCUGUGUGAUAAAAUAAUAAAACUGUUGCUUUAAUUGGUUGAACAUAUUCAAUUUAAUGAAGUCACUUUACUGUGAAUAGGGUAAAGAAAAUUUGGCCAAUAUUUUAGCCAACCUUUUACAAUUAUGUAGAAGAAGAUGUCUGGCAUGUUGAACAUUUUAGAAAUUGUUAAAACUUUGUCUAAGCAUGUUGGCAAUACUCCUCUUUUUUUUUUUUAAUUGCUUCCUGAAAUUUUGUGGUCCAGAAGUUCUACUUGAUGCAAUACCCAAUAAGCUGCAGUUUUCACUUGGAUUAGUUAUUUGUUACAUCAAAUAUUGAUGUGGAUUGAAUAUUCUAUUCUUGUAAUGAGUAUUGUAUAUAUGUAAUUAUUACCUAAAACAAAAGUCCAACUACCCUCUUCAUUUUAAGUUUCAUCAGAACCAAACAUCUUGGCUUCAUGCAUGGAAGAUUUAGCAUGUAUCAUACAGGUACAGCAAUUGUUUUGGUCCAAAAACAAAUGGCUACUGCUGCCAAUAAGGUAUUACUGUACUAGUCCCCUACCAAGCACUGCCACUAUUUGUUUAAUUAUAGUAAUGUCUUUAGCCGAGUUCUUUUAAGUAAUUUAAAUUUUUUAACCCAUGAAAUCGGUAAUUUUUAAUGCGUGCACUUCGGUUAUCCAGAAUUCAAUUGGACAUCGUACUGUACUGUAUAUGAUUUUGUAUCCAUUUUUGUUUUAGGGGAUGAAUUGUAAAAUGAAAUGCAGAUUUGUAAAUAAAAUUAAACUUUCCUUAAA